AUGGGUCGGACACUAUACAGCUUUACCGCGUACGCGCGCCCUUUGAUAAAUCCGAACUGUAGAUACGCUACCACAGGUUGCCCGUUUUCUAAACGCCAACGCUCCCAAAUAGCACCAACUGCCGCUCUCAACGAUGAGAUUUUCGCUAAUGCGAAACCUUACUCCGAGGUCCCCGGACCCAAACCGAUACCAAUUUUGGGCAAUACUUGGCGAAUGGUACCAAUAAUUGGACAGUUCAAUAUUUCAGAGUUCACGAAAGUGAUUAAAAUGUUUCUCGAGCAGUAUGGUAGGAUUGUCAGACUGGGUGGUUUGAUCGGAAGACCUGAUCUCCUUUUUGUGUACGAUGCGGAUGAAAUUGAAAGAUUGUAUAGACGUGAAGGGCCAACACCAUUCAGACCAGCUAUGCCUUGCAUGAUCAAAUACAAAUCUGAAAUAAGGAAAGAUUUCUUUGGAGAACUGCCAGGUGUUAUUGGAGUGCACGGUGAGCAAUGGCGAAGAUUCCGCUCGAAGGUACAGCAACCUAUGCUCCAGCCGCAAACCGUAAAAAAUUACGUUGCACCGAUCGAACUGGUCACUGAAGACUUCAUCAAAUAUAUGGAAGACGCUCGUGAUGAGAACGGCGAUCUACCGCAUGAAUUUGACAACGACGUCCAUCGGUGGUCCCUUGAGUGUAUCGGCCGCGUAGCUUUAGACGUCAGGCUGGGAUGUCUAUCGUCCAAAUUAACUAAAGAUUCAGAGCCGCAGCGUAUAAUCAACGCGGCAAAAUUUGCGCUACGGAAUGUUGCUGUGUUGGAGCUGCAGGCACCGUAUUGGCGCUACUUUCCUACACCUCUCUGGACCAAAUACGUGAAUAAUAUGGACUUCUUUAUUGAUUUAUGCAGCCGCUAUAUUAACGAAGCCCUCGAGCGCCUUAAAACUAAGAAGGUGACAUCAGAAAAUGAUUUGUCGUUGCUUGAACGUGUGCUGCGGAGUGAGGGAGAUCCUAAGAUUGCGACCAUCAUGGCGCUGGACCUAAUUCUUGUCGGGAUUGAUACGAUUUCAAUGGCGGUAUGUUCUAUCCUGUACCAAGCGGCAACAAGACUGAAAGAGCAAGAGAAGAUGGCGGAAGAAAUUAGGAGGGUGCUGCCGGAUCCAAAUCAACCUCUAACUUACUCGGAUUUGGACAAACUACAAUAUACUAAAGCUUUCGUGAGAGAAGUUUUUAGAAUGUAUUCAACCGUCAUCGGCAAAGGAAGAACAUUACAAGAAGAUGACGUUAUUUGUGGUUAUCACAUUCCUAAAGGGGUUCAAGUGGUGUUCCCAUCGAUAGCAACCGGGAAUAUGGAACAGUAUGUAUCUGAUCCGGAUGAGUUCAAGCCGGAGAGAUGGCUGCAAAACGAAGGAAGACUGCACUCCUUUGCGUCAUUGCCGUAUGGCUUCGGGGCGAGAAGCUGCCUCGGUCGGAGAUUCGCUGAUAUGGAAAUACAAGUUUUGUUAGCAAAGUUGCUCCGCCGCUAUCGCCUGGAAUAUCACCACGAGCCCCUGGAGUACAUCGUCACGUUCAUGUAUGCACCCGACGGUCCACUGAGGUUGAGAAUGUUACCACGAUAG